AUGUCUUUUACCAAACCACUCUCAAUUUUGUGUCUUGCAUCCCUCAUCGGGAUGGUCAAAGGCAUGGCAUUCAUAGGGUGUGUUGAUCCUUACAGACUGAGAGACUAUCCGGUGGUUCUCAGUGAAGGACAAGUAGAUAAUGUAGUUGAUCAAAGCAGUUGUCUAUCCUACUGUCAGGCGCAAGAAUAUAGGACCGGUGCAUGGGAUUCAUCGACUAGUACAUGUUAUUGUACGAGUGAGAAUCCUCCCUUUUCGCCAUACUACUAUGAGACCGCUGCGGAUUCUUCUGGUAACUGUGUAGUGGGAUCGGGUCAUGUACAAGUAUAUGAUAUUCAAACAUCCUUUCAAUUCCUCGGUUGUCGUGGUACAGACGUUCCCGAUGAUGUUGUGUUUAUCGAUUACAUCGGAUUCGAAGCAUGUUUCGAUAGAUGUUCAACUUCAGGAAGUACUUAUCGAUACGCUUAUCCUGAACUCUUCACUGCCGGUUCAGGUAGGAACACAGAGUGUAGUUGUGGUCCUUCACCUUUGACUACCGAUUCUGUGACUUGCGGUCUCAAUACGAGGUACCUGUACUACCAAGAUGUAGUCGAACCUAGUGGACUGUCAGAUAGAAGAAGAGCUCUGGAUAGGUUAUCUGCUGCAAGGAGAUUGGCAAGAGAUCAACCUUUCUGUCCUAUCGGUAAUACCCCUUGUAGGAUACCUGGUCUGCAUGGUGAUUCGUAUGAAUGUGUCGAUGUGAAUUCGGAACUCGAAUCAUGUGGUGGAUGUAUGAAUGGUAUCUAUGGUUCGGACAAUACCACUAACACAGGAGUAGACUGCUCGACCCUCCCCGGUGCUGCUUUCGGAGCUACCACUUGUUAUAGGGGUUCAUGUCAGGCUUGGGCAUGUGAAGAGGGAUAUGUGUUAGAGGAUGAUCAAUGUGUGCAGGUUUAA